UAUGAGGGACUUUUAUUUUGAAACACGCACAUCCUCAAACCAAAUGCGCCGUCGAGCGGUCGGGCCUAUUUAGGGCUUUCUAAAGUUAGAAUUAAAACCGUUGGGACUAAGCAAAAACAUGGGCCUUUAGCUACACGCAAUAUUGAAUAUCUAGUGGUAAUCUCUGUGCUCGGCUAAGCAGGUUUUGUGUGGUCUCGGAGCGGAGCUCUUCGUUGUCGAGGCCGUUGAGGGAUUGUUAUGACAUUCUCUUUGUCUCUCGCGGCACAAACCCGAGACCAUAUUUCUUGCUGAAAGAGCCUCUUUCAGCGAUCGGUGCAAAUCUAGCUAUUCUUAACGACCUAAUUCCUACUGGGUUUUGGCCGACCUGAUCAAGGGGUUGAAACAUGUCGUUGCACGGUAAACGAAAAGAGAUUUACAAAUACGAGGCGCCAUGGACCGUCUAUGCCAUGAACUGGAGCGUCAGACCCGACAAGCGCUUUAGGCUGGCGCUCGGCAGCUUCGUCGAGGAAUACAACAACAAGGUCCAGCUGGUGGGUCUUGAGGAGGAGAGCUCAGAGUUUGUAUGCAGGAACACUUUCGAUCAUCCGUACCCCACCACCAAGAUCAUGUGGAUCCCCGACACCAAGGGCGUCUAUCCAGACCUGCUGGCCACCAGUGGAGACUAUCUGCGCAUAUGGAGGGUGAAUGACACAGAGACUCGCCUGGAGUGUCUCCUGAAUAAUAACAAGAACUCUGAUUUCUGCGCACCUCUGACCUCUUUUGACUGGAAUGAAGUGGACCCCAAUCUUCUGGGCACCUCUAGUAUUGAUACCACCUGCACAAUCUGGGGUUUAGAGACAGGACAGGUUCUGGGAAGGGUUAACCUGGUGUCAGGCCAUGUCAAAACACAGCUAAUCGCUCACGACAAGGAGGUGUAUGACAUCGCAUUCAGCCGUGCGGGUGGAGGUCGGGAUAUGUUUGCGUCUGUGGGAGCUGACGGAUCCGUGCGCAUGUUUGAUCUGCGGCACCUGGAGCACAGCACCAUCAUCUAUGAGGACCCUCAACACCACCCGCUGCUGCGCCUGUGCUGGAACAAACAGGACCCCAACUACUUGGCCACUAUGGCCAUGGAUGGCAUGGAGGUGGUGAUUCUUGAUGUACGUGUGCCGUGCACGCCAGUGGCUCGGCUUAAUAAUCAUCGUGCCUGUGUGAACGGCAUCGCAUGGGCGCCACACUCCUCCUGCCACAUAUGUACAGCAGUAGCGGACGAUCACCAGGCUUUGAUUUGGGACAUCCAGCAGAUGCCCCGGGCCAUCGAGGACCCCAUCCUGGCCUACACAGCCGAGGGCGAGAUCAACAACGUACAGUGGGCCUCCACUCAACCUGACUGGAUCGCCAUUUGUUACAACAACUGUUUGGAGAUCCUGCGGGUGUAGAGCCGAGGCUUAAAGCACCCCUGUGCUUCCUGUCGGGGGCAUUGCUGGAAAAGGGUCUUUAAUAAAGCAGAGACUUGUUUUCUAAAGUUCCUGAGGUCUAGAGGUUUCAAGCGGGAAACGAUUUGAACGGGCCUAUGGGAACAACGGUCUGAACAAUGUGUGUGCAACUUUUGUCUGGGAGAAUGGGAUUGUGUGAAUGAGUAUCUGUGUUUCUGCACAAUAUAUUAUAUUGGUCUGUUUUCCUACCUGCUGGUGUCCCAGAGUCCUCAUUAUCUUAAACACAACUGUAAUUACUAUGAUUCUAUGGCCAUUUGUGAAGGGAGAGAUACAUGUUUAUUCAGUUUGACCGGUAAAAAAAAAAGCUACUUGGAUUGUAAGGAUUUGCCAACAUGGACAUACAAUACAACCCUUUUAUUGAGAUAUAAUUACUUCAAAGAUUAAUACAGUUUUAAAGAUCCUCUGAACUCAGAUCCUGCUUUUUGUUUCAGGAAGGUGCCAUUUUUUUGUAGCCUUGGAAACUGUUCAGUACCACAGUAUGGCGAUAAAAUGCUUGACGUCACUGCAAAACAUUCAUGAUUGUUCUUCAGACACGCUCACGACUCACAUAGCGGUUAGUUGCGUUGUUGACGUCUGUGUGAGUGGACGAUAUAAAGAUGCAGUACUGCUCACCAAUUGUGAGAAAGCUCCUGUUAUCCCCCCCCCCCCCCCCAUGUUAUUUUUUUCAAAUUAGUCCCCUUUCAGCAUGCUUGUGCUUGAAGUGAAAUGUGUACUGUAUACAUAUAUAAAUAUUAUGUACAAGGUAGGACAAAAGUGUCACUUUUCCAGAAUAAUUUUGCAUUGCAAGUUAUUUGGUCUGUUCAUGAAAUUGUUCUGUUCUUAUGCAAAUAUGAUGUAGUAGUAAUGCCACUCGUUUCGGUCGAGACCGAAGUCAAAAGUGAAUUUGCAAGGCUGUUUGGGAUCCUCAUCCUCACCUCACUCUUAGAUGGAGUGUUUAUAUGUAAGUAGUUCUGUGUGUGUCCAGCCAUAAUGCUUUUAUAUUAAUAAACUCACUUAAUAAACUCUUGUUCUUUCAUAAA